CCAACUGCUACUGCUAUUUCCUGAAUGAAUUAAUCUCCCCGAAUGGCUCAACUCGAGCGCUUCCCCCCCAGACAAGUAAAUGCCUCCAGAUCUCUCACCUCUCCCACCGUGGAAAAAGCCCUUCGAGGUGGUGAAUUCUCAAAGGGCUCGCCCACCUCCAACAGCCCCAUUUCCCCUUUAUCAGAAGACGACAACGGAGCCCCUCAGAAGAAAUCUGUGCUCUCCAAAGUGAAGGAGAAGGCCAAGAAAUUACGCCACAGUCUCAGCAAGAAAAAGCACGACGACGGUAAUAUUACCCCCGCUUGGGGCGUUUCCGCAGAAGAUGAGGAGGAGGAGGAGGAGGAAGAUGCGGAAUACCUUGGAGCUCCAAUGUACGAAUCGGAGCUGGCACCCGAAGCAUACAAAGAAAACGCCAGGCAGCAUCCAAGAGCGACUCCUGUAAUCGCCGAGAACCAUGUUUUGCAUAACCCUUUAAAAUCCAGAGGUGAAAUGGAUCGUCAAAAGCCGCUCAGCGGCUGUACGGAGUCAAAGAGAACAACUCAUCAUCAUCAUCAUCUUGCAGCGUCCACAAGUUCUCUUGCUUCAAACAAGACAAUGACCGGGAAUGCAGCUGAGAAACUCGCACCAGCAUAUACGAAAGCAUCAUCAGACACAGGCCUUUGUAUUUCCUCUAAAAUGCAAGGCCUCACGGUUUCGAAACACUUAGAUACUCAAACCCCAUCACUGACCCCAGCACCAUCUCGUAAAUCUCCCUUGUCGGUGACUACGACGAAUCCGCUGACUCCUCCCGCCAAGACGGCCUCCAAACUUUCUCCGGUUGCGUCAAAGGCUCCACGCUUUUCAUCAGCCCCAUCGACUCCGCGCAAAUCAUCACCAUCCGCGUCUUCUACGCUGAAUAUGAAGAAUGCCACGGCCGGCCCCGGCGACCAAACAUGGGACAAGGGUGUAUCGGUGAGAGAGUAUUUCAAGAAUAAGUUGGAGCCAGGGGAAGAUGAGAAAGCUCUGUCUCAAGUGAUAUCGGACGCAAUGAGUCCUAGGAGAACUCCCGGUGAUGUGGGCGUCAUGGAGAAGGUGAGAGAAGCUGUUACCUCAUUGCUCCGAAAUGAGGAACCACCGCAAUAUUCUGUCAGAAGUCCAACCUUACGUGCCUCGUCUCAAAAUCAUGUACUAUCUAGCAACGUUCAGCAAGUUGCUGAGGAAGAGAACCAUGGCAGAAUCCUCCAGACAAAUUGAAAAUCUCGACAGGGAUAUGUCUCUGACUCUUGCUCAUUUGUAUAUAGCAUAUUCAACUA